GGAAGUGACGUCACUGGCCCGUGUGUAACUAGUGACGCGACGGCGCUUGCUAGUUUUUUUACUGUAUUGAUGAAAACGCCUUAGUCGUCGGUCAAUAUGCCUUUUGUCGAUUUAAACAGCAAUUUGCCUGCGAGCGCUUUCUCCCAAGACUUUGUCAGCAAGUUUGCUUCUUUCACUGCCGCCGUUUUGGGGAAGACUGAUGACAGAAUGAACGUGAUGGUGAAACCAGGACUGCCAAUGAUGAUUGCAGGAUCCUGCUCUCCUUGCGUUAUGCUGUCAAUCUCUGCUAUCGGAGUGACUGACACCGCUGACAAGAACAAGGAGCACAGCGCCAAGAUCUUUGACUUCCUGACGAAAGAACUCAGUCUGACUGAAGACAGGAUUGUUCUUCAGUUCCUCAGUUUGCAGCCUCACCAGGUGGGAAAGAAGGGAACAGUCAUGAGCUUCCUGUGAAACAUGGCCUGUAAAUAAUCAACUAAAAGACAAUAAAGUUUAAAAUGUUUCA